AUGGAUGAAGCAAUUGCUCAGGCUGAAGCAAAGGCAGCAAAAUUGACAUUAACGGGAAUGCGGGCGGCAGCAACAGGACAACAAUCAGGCCCCCGAAUUGCCACACCUUGUCGAGCUUGGACUCUUCCUCAAGAAAUCGCCAACCCAGUCGAUAACCUAGAUGGAGACCCUUUUGACGGCAAACCCAUUCAAGGGGAGGAAGGCCAAGAUGAAAGAGCACCCCAAAGUGGAUCACCUGACAACAUUGAUGCACUAGAAGUAAUACAAGCAUUGUUGAUACCUUUGGAUGAAGACAACAAUGCUUCCUGGCGGCUAGAUCAACACGGUCAGCAAGAGGAGGGGAAGGGGAAAAGAAGAGCAUUGUCAUCAGCAUGCUCACCUUCACCAAAUUUCAAGUCAGGAGACGAAGCUCAACUGCUACCAAAUUACGAGCAACCACCAAGAAACCCCAAUGACAGGGUUGAAUGGUUGUUUGCAAAGGGCAGACGAGCAGAAGCAAUCGCACUGCUGGAUCACUGGCACCUACACAGCAAUGACAACCUAGUACGGGACGACAGGACAGGCCUGGUAGCUGGGGGUAGUGGACUGCCUGGCACAAUGCCUUACGCUUUGAUCACCAAAGACCUAACCAACAACAAGAAGUCACUUGACAAUUUAGCCCUUGCUAAAAGGAUUUGGAGACCAGAACACCGUGUCAGACGACCUACUCCAGCUAGACCCCACACCGUGCAAAACCGAGUGGUCGUAAGCAAGAACAGCGUUAGACCAGAUAGAAGAGACAGCCACGUCCAAGAUGAUGGUUACUAA